GUCGCGUACUGACUGCGUCGUCAUGGAGCUGAAGACGGAGCUGAGACGCCCUGGAUUGGUCUGGCGUGACGGAGUGCUGAGGGUGCAGCUCGAGCAGGCACCCAGCAGCGCCUGGCCUGCACAUGUGGCAGGACUCCUUUCUGCCACGUUAACUAGUCCCACUCUUUGUUGCCAUAGGUGUUUCCAAACAGGACAUUCGUGAACAGAUUUGGGACUACAUGGAAUCACAAAAUUUAGCUGAUUUUCCCCGGCCUGUUCAUCACAGGAUUCCCAACUUCAAGGGCUCUUAUCUGGCUUGCCAAAACAUCAGAGAUCUAGAAGUUUUUGCCAGAAUGCAGGAAGUUAAAGUGGACCCCGAUAAACCACUGGAAGGUGUUCGGCUGCUGGCGCUGCAGAGCAAAAAAACAUUGUUGGUCCCAACACCACGACUGAGAACGGGGUUAUUUAAUAAGAUCACACCACCUCCUGGGGCAACUAAAGACAUCUUGAGGAAAUGUGCUACCUCUCAGGGCGUGAGGAACUACAGCACUCCUGUGGGCUUGGAUUCCAGGGUUCUUGUGGACUUAGUUGUGGUGGGGUCCGUUGCUGUUUCUGAAAAAGGCUGGAGAAUUGGGAAGGGAGAAGGUUACGCUGAUCUGGAAUAUGCCAUGAUGGUGUCAAUGGGAGCGGUCAGCCAGGGGACGCCCGUGGUCACCAUCGUCCAUGACUGCCAGGUCAUCGACAUACCUGAAGCGCUGCUUGAAGACCACGACCUAACAGUGGACUACAUUCUCACUCCGACGAGAGUCAUUGCCACGGGGUGCGAGCGCCCAAAACCAACGGGAAUCUUGUGGUGCAAGAUCAGCUGUGAGGUGAUGGGGAAAAUCCCAAUACUCAGAAGUCUUCGUUACCGAGAGAGGCAGGCUGGGAAAGAUGUCUCCCUUCAGGAUGAGCCCCGGCACCUUCUGGGAACCGGCAGCCAGCAGCCACCUCCCCUGAGCACUGUCAGAAGACCCCAAGACCCACACCAGCCCGAAUCCUGUUCGGGGCAGGGGGAGGAUGGGCCUUCUAACACUGUUUACAUUGGCAACCUUCCCCGGGACGCCCGAGUGAGUGAGCUGAAGAAAGCCCUCCGAGAACUGGGUGCAGUCCCUCAGAGGCUCACGUGGCAGGGGCCAAAGCGCAGGGCCUUCCUUCACUACAAGGCCCCCACCUCAGCCCAGCAGGCUGUCUCCUGCUUGCAGGGCUUGCGCCUGGGUGCUGCCACCUUGAAGGUGGCACUGGCCAGGCAGCAGAAGGCCGGCGACGAGACAGGCAGCCGUGCAGACGAGCCGUACCCUGACUGUCACUCGGCUGUCUCAGACCUGUGAUGAUGUGUGCUGCUCUGGUCCCUGUGGAACUUAAGGGGCCUGUACUCGGGACUCAGCGGAGUGUUGCUGCAUGAGCUGCUUUGGGUCCAGUCCUUUCCAGGAUGUCCCAGCCUCUGUCACUGCCUGGGACCUCCUGAUGAGUAGGAAGCUAGCCAUUAGUGCACUGCUGGCACAUCCAGGCCCUGCUCUGUCUGGGUCCGUCGGCCUGCCUGCUGGGCGCUACAGCCCUGCUGGUUUCUCUGUGGUAGUCCAGAGGCUGUGGGGAACCGAGCGGGUGAUGAACAAGUGGGAGUAAAUGGUGACAGCGGUUAGGAGCGCGCCUGUGCUCUGGAACUGGGAGGAGGGCAGAUUAGUGGGGGGAGGCCCUAGCAGGGGUCAGAUGCCAAGCACACCCUGCUGUCCUUGGAUCCUUGGUCUGGUGUGACUGCAGGGGGAGAGCUGUGUUCACAUCGCAGAAGCCAAGUCCCCUGGCUGCAGACUGCUUGUCACAGCUCCGUGCUCGUGUCAGCGAUGGAGGGCCAAUCUGAUGUGCGGGCGGUGUGCGUCUCACUUCUGUGCCUGCCUUGCCUUUCCAGCCUCUCCCCAUCUCUGGCUGAACACCCUGCACUCCUCGCUGUCUUGUAGGAGGUACUGGUCGUGGAGAAGGCGGUCCCAGCCUACAUCAGACAGUGACAGAGAUGCUCACACGGAUUUGCCCAAUGCCUGAUGUUUCUUGGGUUUUUCCUCCAUUUCUCUGUUCCUAAAAAACAAAACUGGAUUUUGGCUGAACUAUGCUUUCUAAACAGAAGUGCUUUUGCAGUUGAUCCUGGGCAAAAAGUCAAAGUAAGCACAAGUGGAGAUUCUAUUUUUUUUAACGUAUAUGUGUUCAAAAUUUUAAUUUUUUCACCAGAGGGUCUUACUGAGCAUGUUUUAAGCACACGAUCGUACUUCAAGAGGGUACGCCUUGCAGGUACUUUGAAUAAAACCUUGAGGCACUAUCUCCCUUUGCAAAA